AUGGAAUCAAAAGAUAAUAAUAUUAAUAAUAAUAGUAAUAAUAAAAAAGAUGGAAAAUCAUUUAAUGAUGUAAUGUCAUACUGGUCGAUUAAAGAUUCAGGAAAUAAAAUACCAAUUAUACCAUUGCAAAGUAGUAAUUCAAAAAUUGUAAAUUCAAAUCGUUCAGAUGGACAGGAGAUUCAAAGAGAAUCAAUCAGUUGUUAUAGCUCCGUUGCAUUAAAUAGUGAGGAUCCUCAAAUAGAUUCAAUUAAUAAUUAUAGUUCAAAUCCAUUAUUAACAAAUAAUGAUACAUCAGCAGCAGCAGCACCACAACAACAACCACCACAAAUAGAAAACUCUAUGUCAGAAGAAAGGGGUCAUGAAUAUGAUGAGUUUUUAAAUAAAAGAGAAGAGGAACCAAAAAACCUAUCGAAAGAAGAGCAAGAAGAAAGAGACGAAAAAUUAUUAACAUUUUACAAACCAAGUACAAAUUCAGACUCUGGUUCAAAUUAUAAUGUGUCAAAUUAUUCACCAGCCGCUGCAUCAUACUCUGUUCAAUCUUAUUCAGCUGCUGGUAUUUAUUCAGCAUCAGUUUUAAAUCAAUCAAGACAAAAAGAGCACAAACAACAACAACAACAACAACAACAACAAGAGCAAAAACAAGAUAAGGUUUACCGUACUGAAACUCCUUAUGGCAGCGAUUCCUAUAAAAGUGUUGUUCAAUCAUCUGGCUCAUCUGCUUACAAUCCAUAUGGUGUUGAAAAUUAUAAUCCUAGCACCGACAGUAGCGCAAGUAAUUAUUCACAAGAUAACGAAGAGGAAUUUUUCAUUUCAACAAAUGAAGAUAUUCAUAGAAUCAACACUUUACCAGAAGAAAAAUCAGAAUGUUCUUGGGUGAAUUCUGGAUCAAAUUGGAAUGAAGCUUUUCAACAUUUUAUGGACUUACCAUGUAGCGAAGAUAAAUAUAAAAACUUAUCAAAUAUUGCAAACGAUUUUGUAUAUUGUGCCGAUUCAUUUGGUAAAAUUAUUAUUUCAGAACUUCAUUUACCACACGAACAAAAAACUAUUAAACCAUUAGCCUUGGGUGGUGUUGCUGGUGGUCUUAAAUAUAUGUGUCAAAAUAUUAUAUUCAAGUUUGUAAUUGAUACUGAAUUAGUACCAGGUAUAUGGAUGUAUGGUGAAACUAAAAGAUCAGAUGAAAAAGCUCAAAAAUCAGCAGGCCAUGAAAUUAAAGGUUUAAAUAAUUUUUUAGAAUUAAGUAAUGGUUUAGUUCGUUUCCCAUUAAUGGCAAUUAUUGAUUACAGGGGUUAUAGACUUUUAGCAAUUUCAGCAUUACCAAUUAACAAGAAAACUAUUGUUUAUGGUUCAUGUGAUGGUGGAAAUACAGUACAUUGUUCAGAUGAAAAGAUUAAUCAAGAAAUGGAAAGAAUGUGUAAAAUAUUAAAUCUUACAGGUCAUGUUGUUGGUGCCAAUAAAGUUUUUAUCUAUGGUCCAGGUGAUAUUGAAAUUCAUAAAGGUUUUGACAAUCGUUAUUAUAUGAUUGAUUUUGCAAGAAUAUUUCCUCCAAUGUAUCCUUGUGUAUUAAAUUCAAAUAAAAAGAUUGGAAGAGAUAUUUUCUAUUCAAUGAUCAGACCAGAGUUGUUAACAAGAUCAACAAAACCAUUAAGCUCAGAUGGUUUCUCUGGAUGGCAAACUGACACAUUGGACAAUGUAAAAUCAUUAAACGAUGAUAUCAAAAAGCUUUCUGAACGUUUACAUAGUGAAAUCAUUCCAGAGUGUAUUAAAAUUUUAGAUGCAUCCAAAAGAAAGAAGGGCAAUAGAAAUGGUGAAACUCUAAGUGCCGAUGGUCAAAUCUCAUCAUCCAAUUAUUCAUCGAAUUUCUCAUUUUCAUCAGAUAGUGCUUUUACAAAUAAUUCAACCUCCUCAGAUUCAUCAGUUUCAUCAGAUGAAAUUUUAGCAAUGGAAGAAAUGUCAUUAGAUUUUACCAAUGUUGGUGUUGGUGCUAAAAGAACUGGUAAAGAUUUUACCGAGAAAUGUUUAGAAAUGUUAAAAUUAAUCGAUUUUAUUCACAGUCGUGGUGUAAACUUAAAAUAUCUUGGUUUAAUUGCAAAAAGUGUCGGCGAUAGAGAGAUCAGGAAUUUGAUGUUGACCGAAGUAUGUGCAAGGGUUUGGAAGAGAAUCAUUAGAUCUAAAAUUAGAGAAAAGAUGGAUAAAAGCAACAGACCAUCCGAGGGUCCAUACAAACAAAUCCUUUCAGACAUUUUCGAAAUUAUUCUUUCUACCAACAAAGCCAAAUACAAAGAGUUUUGGUCCUCUACAUCUUCAGGAAAUUUCAAAUAUGUAGCACUACGUGUUUUCCCCAAGUGUUUAUCAAAGAAUGAUCGUUCUGAAUCUAUGGAUCUAAGAAGUAGUAUUGAUACUAGAUUCUUGGCUUAUAGAAUUAUCCUAAUGUUAAAUAUUAGGGUAAACAAUUCAGCAUUCGAACAGUUCCUUUCCAAUCCAAAAUACAUCAUCUCACACAAGGAUAUCGAAGAAGUUGGUUCAGUUGUAAAAUAUCCAAAUAUUAUUGAUUUUGCAGCUGGUUCUUAUCUUUUCUAUGAAUCUCAAAGAAUUACAAACGAAUCCGAUUCUAUUCCAGUCGAAAUUUCACGUUGGAUCGAAAAUUCACAAAUGAAAUUAAGAAGCGCUGCUCGUUCUAUGCCAUUAUCAUAUAAAGUUUUGGUUAGAUCAUCAAUGGCCAAUAUGUUAUUGGCAAAUAUUUCUACAAAUUUCAAAGAGUCAAUCGAUAUCUGUAGAACCACUUUAGAUACUAUUCGUCGUACCAAAUCAAGACAUAAGGGCCAAUCACAACUUUUAGCAUUGGAGGGUAUGCUUCGUUUGAAAUUAGCAAAUUAUUUAUUAUUUUGCUCACACAAUUAUCAAGAGUUUAGAUUUGAAAUCGAACUUGCACGUGCCAAACUUGAAGAGGCCUUAUCUAUUGAUAUCAAUUCUGUCGAAGAGUUUCUCCAUCAAUCAUUACCAAUGGAAAGAUACUUUGCAAAGAACGAACUCCGUGAUAAAACAUUGCUUUUUAGCGAAAGACGUCGUUACAAUGAAUUGUUCUCAAUGGUUUUAAUGAUGCACGAAGCCAGUGAAACCUCUAUUCUUCGUACCUAUUUACCAACUGCAUUUUCAAAAAUUGUACAAAUUAGAGACCUUAGUAUUCCAAAUGCCCUAGCCCGUUUAUUAGAUGCCAGCAGAGUUAAUCAACUAUUGGAACAAUUGCCAAAUAUGAGGUGUAUGACAGUUGCAAAAACAUCAUUAACCUCCGAUAUUUGUUAUAAUAUUUUAAAUAUGAAAAAUUUAAAGAAUAUUAAAUUAGACCAUUCUCAUAUUAGAACCAACAAUAACAUCAACACUAAGGAUCUUCCAAUUAUUAGUAAUUACAAUCAAUUUAUGAAGCUGCUUUUAACCGAAUUACCAUCAUUACUAUCAUUACAAUUGGAUUCAAAAUCAAUUUGCGAUGAAGAUUUUGAAGGUAUCCAUCACCUCUUUGAUAGAUUGUAUAAUUUAUCCAUCAGUGACUCUCAAAUCACAGAUAAAACAUUAAUUGCUUUAGCUCCACACCUCAAGAAUCUUUGUUCUCUUUCAUUAACCGUUAGUAGAGACUAUGGUGAUGAAGGUUUAAUAGCAGUUUUAGAAUCAGUCCAAGAUCGUUUAAAGAAGCUUUGUGUAUCUUACAACUCUAAAAUAACAGAUAAAUCAGCCCAAGUUAUUGCUAAACAUGCCACCAAAUUAGAAGAGCUUUUAAUUGCUCGUACUCGCUUCUCUGACGAAGCCAUUGCCAACAUUGCAUCUAAAACCGAAAAGAUUCAAAUUUUAGAUCUUUCAUCCACCAAUACUGAUGUAUCCACGGUCUAUGCAUUAAAUACUCAUGGUGCUAAGAAUUUAGAAAAACUAUAUCUUGCUGAAUCUCAAAAGAUUAACGAUGUUUACAUUGAACUUUUAAUUAACCUCAAAUUAAAUCUCAAAGUACUUCAUUUACCAGAAUGUGAUUGUGCUGAUGAACUCUUAUGGAAACUUUUUAGCAAACUUAAUAAUAUCGAAGAACUCUCAAUGCCUAAUCAUUUCCAUUUGCCAUCAUUCAUGGAAAGCUACGAACCAAGUGGUGCUUUUAUAGAAGAAUGUGAUCAGCCACUCUAUUCUUUAAAAACUUUAAAUUUAACCAUGUGUACUAUAUCAUUAAACUCACUCCAAGAUCUAUUCCAUCUCGUUCCGCAACUAGAAUCACUCAGUAUCAGUGCUGUUACUUAUGUAAAUGACCAAUCCAUUAUACUGGACCUAAAUAUGGACGUACUUUAUUCAAUGGUUCCAUUAUUCUACAACCUUCGUGAAAUCAAUCUUUCAAAUAGUAAAUUUAUAGAUUCAAGACAAAUUCGUUGUUUAAUUUCAAAAUCACCUUCAUUAAGAAAUAUUCAUUUAUGGAAUUGUGAUUUAAUUAAUUCUCAACAAUUAUAUGAUUUAUCAUGUCAAUAUCCAUAUAUUCAAUUUGAUUAA